AGACAGCUCUCGCGUAAGUCGAAGAAUUCUCAUCCCGGUGCGGGCCUCUCCUUUUGUCUUCGUUUCGCUUUUCCCGCAACUCACUUUUCUCGACAACCAUCAACCCAAUUUCUUCCUCUCUCUCUAGUUUCCUGUACCGUCGAAGAGGCUUUGAAUUUUGUAGGCAUAUUACUUUGGAAGGUUAAGCUGAUUUGGUCUCCUUCUUCCCUAGAACUGUGAUAUGAAGAAGGCUUUUGAUCAAACUGUUCGCGAUCUUAAGAGAGAGGUCAACAAGAAAGUUCUUAAAGUCCCUUCGAUUGAACAGAAGGUUCUUGAUGCAACUAGCAAUGAGCCUUGGGGUCCUCAUGGGUCACUUCUUGCUGAUAUUGCUAAUGCAACAAGAAAUUAUCACGAGUAUCAGAUGAUCAUGUCGGUUAUCUGGAAACGUAUAAAUGAUACUGGGAAAAAUUGGCGGCAUGUGUACAAGGCACUGACAGUUUUAGAGUACUUGGUAGCCCAUGGGUCAGAGCGCGUCAUAGAUGACAUCAGAGAACACUCAUACCAAAUAUCUGUUAGUUUCCUGUUCUUCUGGAUUCGACCUUAUCCUAAAACACUGUCAGAUUUCCAAUAUAUUGAUUCCAGUGGGAAAGACCAGGGGAACAAUGUUAGAAAGAAAUCUCAAAGUCUUGUAGUGCUGGUUAAUGACAAGGAAAGAAUACAGGAAGUUAGACAGAAGGCUGCUGCUAAUAGGGACAAGUACCGCAGUACACCAGAUGGUGGUAUGUAUCGUCCUGGCUCCAGAGGUUAUGGCGACAGAUAUGAUGAUGACCGAUAUGGAAACAGAGAAGAUGACCGAAACAGCUAUGGGAGGGAAAGAGAAUGGGGUUCCAGAGAUGAUGAUAGGUAUGGUCGGGAAUCAUAUGGCCGAGAUGGGUACAGGGAUGAUGACUACAGAGGAAGAAGUCGGAGCACUGACGGAUAUCAUAAUGGGUCAAGAAGUAGAAGUGCUGAUCAAGAUAGGAGUCGUUCAAAUGAGGAUGAUGACCAGUACUCGUCCAGAGGAAGUGGUGCCAAAGCUGAUGAUCGGUCUCACGAUGGAAGUUCUACUGCCAGGAGUCUGGACCGUAAAUACUCUGGGCAAAGCAUUGGUGUAACCCCUAGUUAUGAAGAUGCUGUUGGUGCUAGCCGUAGUCCUUCUUACAGUGAAAGGGAUGGAGAUUCUUCACUAGCUUAUGCCCCUAAAGCUUCAUCCCCCAAAGGUGCUAGUCCAAGCCACAUAACUAGUGCUGGGACUUCACCUCCUGCACUUGCUUCACCUCCUGCUUCAGUAUCUGCUCCUGCUUCUGCACCUACAGCUGGUUCAGCAUCUGCUCUUGCUCCAACUCAGCCUCCAACUCAAAUUAGCAACCAGGAAACUGAUGGAUUUGAUGAAUUUGAUCCGAGAGGCUCGUUUUCAGCUGCCCCAACUACAUUCAAUGGUGCCGUCUCUGUUAGUUCUGCUGCGGACAUGGACCUACUGGGCUCUUUGUCCGAAUUUGCACUCGUGCCUGUUAUUCAGCCCACCUCGACUCCUGAAGCUAGCUCCUCUUUAGACUUCAAUUCUGGGCCUGGAAACGCAACUGCUGCAUCACCAGAAGCCACAAUUCAUAAUCAGGCUUUUGACGAUCCGUUUGGGGAUGGCCCGUUUAAAGCCAUUCCUUCAGCCUACAGUGUAUCAACUCAACAACAGGUUCAGUCUCAACCACUACCUGAGAAGUCAGCAACUGAAUUUGGGGGCAAUCCUUAUGAAGCAACUUACACGCCGUCAGGCUCUUCUGAUGUGCAGCCUACCCCUGCAAGCACACAGGAGCUUUCUAACUUGAGCCAUGAACUUGAUAUAUUAGCAGAUAUUCUUCCCCCAUCUGCACCUUCAUCCGCAUAUCAACUUCCACCGAAUCAAGCUCCAACACAACCGAACAAUUAUCAAGCACAAAGCAGUGACAUGCCUUCUGGUUUUCCUAAUCAAAUUUGCCAGCCUUCAUCACAAACAGGUUUUCAGACUCAAGGCAUGGCUUUGACAUACCCAGUUCAAGGUGGACAGCCACUACAGAUGAGUUACCAAUCUCAAAGUGGGCCCACACAGCCAAAUCUGGGUUUCUAUCGGGCCUACAACCCACAGCCUUUGUCUACUGCUCCAGUUGGUGGAUAUAUGGCUGCUCCUGUGUCCACUGCUCAGCAAAAAAAAUUUCUGGCCAAGACAAAUCCAUUGGCUGAUAUUGGAGUUGAUUUUGACGCAAUAAACCGAAAGGAGAAGAGGAUGGAGAAGCCGACUGCAGCAGCAGUAACAUCUACAGUAACUAUGGGGAAAGCUAUGGGAUCUGGUUCGGGCAUAGGACGUGCUGGUGCAACUGCCCUCAGGCCUUCAGCAAAUCCAAUGAUGGGAAUGGGAAUGGGAAUAAACAUGCAACAGCCAAUUGGGGCUCCUCCUCGCUCUACCAUGCCUCCACCUUAUAAUCAUAUGGGGACCGGAGGUUAUGGUCAACAGCCAUAUGGUGGUGGCUAUAGAUGAGAAGGCUGCCGGAAAAUGUGGUGUGGUAAUCAACAAGUUGGUCGGAAAAAUGGAUCAAUCCGUAAAGUGUUUUUUUUUUUUUUUUCCUGUUGGCUUUUGACUUACUUGCUGGCUUUGUUGUGUAGAAUGAGCAUGUAUUUGAUGUUUCGGGGCUUUUAUUUACAGUAACCUCUGCCAUUUUUGGGUCACAGUGAGGUCUAUGUGGCCCUUGGUUCUUAUAGCUUUGUUUAAAUGAGUGAAGAAAUCUUGUAUAUUAUGAACACAUUUCAAGGGUAACCUAUUGUAGGCUUACCCUUUUUUGUUAUACAUGAUUGACGCUGUCCAGUGUUGAGGAACGGUACUGUGAAUUCAUUGAAUAAAUAUUAGCAGUUGGAUUUUUUUUAGAUGCCUUUUUCUUUG